GUUAUGUUACGAAAACCAAGACAUCAUUCAGUUAUUUGGGUGAAAGGUCUUCGUUACGCAGAAGUGGCCAACAAGAGAAAAGGCAAACACACUAUUCCCGUACCGCUGACCUUUGUGGACUUGAACUAAAACACCAUGUCGCUCCUGAGAGGUGUGUUCAUUGUGUCUGCGAAGCGCACCCCGUUCGGUACGUAUGGAGGUGUCCUGAAGGACCACAGUGCCACUGACCUGGCUGAGCAUGCAGCCAAGGCGGCCCUGGCAGCAGGGAACGUGGCCCCAGAGCUGGUCAACAGCGUCGUCAUGGGCAACGUCAUGCAGAGUUCAGCAGAUGCGCCCUACAUUGCCCGGCACGUGGGGCUGCGCUGUGGGGUGCCUAUUCCAGUGCCCGCGCUCACAGUCAACCGCCUGUGUGGCUCUGGCUUCCAGUCCAUCAUCAACGGAGCCCAGGAGAUCUGUCUGAAGGAGUCAGAGGUGGUUUUGUGCGGCGGCUCGGAGAGCAUGAGCCAGGCCCCCUAUGCUGUCAGGAACAUCCGCUUCGGAACCAAGUUUGGCUUCGACCUCAAGCUGGAAGACACCCUGUGGGCAGGCUUGACAGAUCUCCAUAUUAAGAUCCCUAUGGGCAUCACAGCUGAGAACCUGGCAGUCAAGUACGAGAUCAGCAGAGAGGAGUGUGAUAAGUAUGCCCACUCGACUCAGCAGAGGUGGAAGGCAGCCCAUGAGGGCGGCCACUACACCGCUGAGAUCGCCCCCAUCGAGGUGAAGGGAAAGAAGGGCAAAGUGCCCAUGACGCAGGACGAGCACCCGCGCCCCCAGACCACCCUGGAGCAGAUGGCCAAGCUGGCGCCCGUCUUCAAGAAGGGAGGCACCGUCACUGCCGCCAACGCAUCGGGCGUGUCUGAUGGAGCUGCUGCCCUGGUGAUAGCCAGUGAGGAUGCUGUGAAGGAGCACGGCCUCAAGCCAUUGGCCAGGAUCGUCGCCUAUCACGCCUCCGGCUGUGACCCCAGCAUCAUGGGAAUUGGACCAGUACCAGCUGUCACAGAGGCUCUGAAGAAGGCGGGACUCACUCUGCAGGACAUGGACCUGGUGGAGGUGAACGAGGCGUUUGCACCUCAGUACUUGGCAGUUGCCAAGGCUCUGGGGCUGGACCCUGAGAAGAGCAACGUGAACGGAGGAGCCAUCGCCAUCGGUCACCCCCUCGGGGCAUCCGGCGCACGCAUCACAGCCCACCUGGUGCACGAACUCAGGCGGCGAGGAGGGAAGUACGCUGUGGGCUCUGCCUGCAUUGGUGGCGGCCAGGGCAUUGCCAUCAUCCUGGAGAACACCCAGUGAAGAUGAAGACCCAGCCACACACACACACACACACAUAAACAUAACAGCACACAAGACACACACAAACACACAAACACACAAACAGACUGAUACUCAAAAGGAAACUCAACAUUUAUAAGGGUAACAUAUCAAACACUCACACGCUUGUCGUAGGCAAGUCGCUGAAGCAGCUUACACAUGAACAAAUCUAAAUCAAGAACACAUAAAAAGAACAAAUACUGCAAAUGAUCUGUGUUGUUUAUGGCAUUGACUUGAACGCGGAGGUUAUGUUUAUAGAAACAUUUGUAGUUUUUGGAAGAGCCAUGCUCCUACAAUGUGCCUGGUCCUCGUGUCUUAUUAAAAGUCUAGUGUGUGUUUUUAGUUGUUUAUUUUCAACAUGUAUGCUGCCCAUUCAUAAAUUUGUUUCUCAUGAAUAUUGUCCUGGUCUCACCAAAGCUGGUUUUGCAGCCGAAUAUGUGUAUGAUAUCUCUGACUGGCAAUGCAAAAUUGGCUGAAGAUCCACCUACGUAUGUAUUGAAAGUAUACAUUUCCAAGACACAAUGGAAAACUUAAAAUUCAUUGAAAUAUACAUGACAAAGAUGUGUGGGGUGGGCAGCAUACAUUUCUGGAAAUAAACAUCUAAAACCAUUGCACACUUUCCCUGUAAGAAAUGAGAAUGUAUUGUACUGUGCUAAUGAUGCCUUGCAGACACCAAAUGGCCUCCUGGGACCAUUGGCAUGCCUUGUGCUAAAGACACUAGUGUUACACAAUGCAGACUACACAGCACAACUUUUUAUGCCUUUUUAUUGUAUCCGUUUGUUGCCUCCUGGAUGCAUUACGUAAUACUCCUGUCGUGCGCUUUCCAAAGCCAUCCACUGACUGGGAUACUUUCUUUCCCCUCAGACACACUCUCUCUCUCUCACACACACACACACACACUCUGUCUCUUUUUCUGCCUGUUUAUUUUCCAAAGCCAUCUACUGACUCUCUCUCUCUCUCUCUCUCUCUCUCUCUCUCUCUCUCUCUCUCUCUCUCUCUCUCUCUCUCUCCCCAUGUGUCUUCACUCCUGACGAGCCACUUUGAAGAAUACACUCUAUACCUGACAGGCUGUGACUGUUAUUUCAUAUUUUGUACAGGAAUCUAAUAAAAGAGAAAACGUUUGCAAAACAUACUGCCUUAAUUGCCGGUACAAGUGUUGUAUGUGUAACACUGUGACCAUGACUCCAAUGUGUAAUGCAUACAUGUACGUAUUACAUUGCCAUCAUCUGACACUGUUGUAUAGUUAUUGCAUUUUCCUGCCAUAAUAAACAUAAUAAACUGAAGUUAGUAAUUAUAA